GGGAAUUAAACGCGCUCAACGUCCAAUUGCUCCACUGGAAUUCCCAGGCACAGGGCAAUCAGUGGCUUGUUGCUAGACAAACAAUCCUCGCUCCAGAUCCCGUUGCCUUCAAGGCAUCAGCAAUACCCCCCAGGAAACCCAACACAUCAUUCACCUACUUUCUUAGCGCUGGCAGCUACUCGAGGACGACAGCGGUCCACGACUCAACACUUUCAGGAACAGUACUUGAUCUGACAGGGGGAUAAGAUCCCUUUCUUUGCUUCCAUCGACUGGUACUACUUGCACCCGAUCAAAACCACGAUUCACCAUGCACUCUGUAGUGAGGACAGCCAAGGCUGGAUCACCUCUAGGCAGGGCCAUUAACGGAAAGGUGCCGCCAGCUGUUCCAUUGCUGAAGCCUUCUAAGGCAACCACUCUUCACCAGCGCACACAGCCGGCAGUCGCGGCCUUCUCGACCAAUGCUCUCGCAUAUCGCUCUGGAUCAAAUCUUAUCUCGCCACGCGUGUCGUCUUUGUUGGCGAAUCGGAUGCACUGGACACGACAAUUACACACAACGCAGCCUUCAGCAGCUCUAGGAACACCGACAUCAGCAAAUAUUCAGGAACUGGAACAACUCCUUGCCAAGGGUGAAUACGCCGGAUUUCAACAGGCAUGCAUUGCAGCCAGCACUAGUCCCACGAAGGAUUCAUACCACUUUCUGCUCAGAACAUUAGCAGAGCAACCGAAGGCCUUUGCUCCUCUGUCGACAUCGACCGCCACCAACACUGAGACCUUUGAUCCACUCAAUAGCGCUAUUGGGAUCCUGACAGAUAUGAGUCGCGAGGCCAACAUGAACGGAAAGACGGCGCUUCAACCUGAUCGGGAGACCUUGCUUUUAUUGCUCAGGAUCGCCGGAUCCAAGGAGCGACUCGCGCCUUCGUCAUCGCAACUGCAGGAGGAUGGAGAUCGCACGAGAUGGGAGUCAGCACGCUUGCUAGUGGACGCUCUCCGUCAUGGCCGCUUGCCAGCAGUCAUGUCUCCAGAUCAGUGGGAGCUGCCGGAUCUGAAUAUUGAGCUGGAUCAAGAGUUGUGGAAGGGCAUGUUCGCGUGUGUGAAUGCCGCGGCCGGGGGUGUCCAUGGAAAGCAGUUCCAGGAUGAGUUGGAUACGACCAUGUAUUUGAUGGCAGAUCAACUGAAUCGGUCCCAGGAUGUACAAAUGGAUGAGCAGCUGUGGGGCUACGUUAUCGAGGUGAUUGGAAAUGUUGCUACAGCCCAACCCUAUGGGACUGUAUUCAUUCGAGCGUCCUCCCAGACUUUCAGGAAUUAACAUUAUUUUGUACAAUUCUACUAGGCAUAUGGGAAUUCUGGAUCGACGACAAAGCUGCGCAGUACCCUUUCAAGGCUUCC